UGGCUUAAAUAUAGCUCAAGGCAACAGACACAAAGUUAAGAUGAGGAAGUACUAUACAGUGUAGGAAACAGGAGCUUUUAAAGAUAAUUCACUGAUCUGGAACUGGUUGCCCAGGCCCUGAUAAAUGAGUGAAAACAAGAGCAGAAGUACCAGGAAGGAGAUGCUUUAUUCUUGAAGUGAGAGAAAGGAACUCUGGAGGCACAUCGGGUAAAGUGCUUGGAAUAUCGACUUGGUUUUGCAGAAGUGGGGCUGUGUGUACAAAAUUAAGACAGAGGAGUGGAAGUUUGAGAGAAGACAUUCAUCGAAAAGAUAUUCGUCUAAACUUGUAUAUCCAGUAACAGGAACAGUCUUGGCAACAUGGCCAAUGCCCUGGCCAACGCCACCUGUGAGCGCUGCAAGGGGGGCUUUGCGCCUGCCGAGAAGAUAGUAAACAGUAAUGGGGAGCUGUACCAUGAGCAGUGCUUUGUGUGUGCUCAAUGCUUCCAGCAGUUCCCGGAGGGACUCUUCUAUGAGUUUGAAGGAAGGAAGUACUGUGAACACGACUUCCAGAUGCUCUUUGCUCCUUGCUGUCAUCAGUGUGGUGAAUUCAUCAUUGGCCGAGUGAUCAAAGCCAUGAAUAACAGCUGGCAUCCUGAGUGCUUCCGCUGUGACCUCUGCCAGGAAGUUCUGGCAGAUAUUGGGUUUGUCAAGAAUGCUGGGAGACAUCUGUGUCGCCCCUGUCAUAAUCGUGAGAAAGCCAGAGGCCUUGGAAAAUAUAUCUGCCAGAAAUGUCAUGCCAUCAUCGAUGAGCAGCCGCUGAUAUUCAAGAAUGACCCUUACCAUCCAGACCAUUUCAACUGUGCCAACUGCGGGAAGGAGCUGACUGCUGAUGCCCGGGAGCUGAAAGGAGAGCUGUACUGCCUGCCAUGCCAUGAUAAAAUGGGGGUCCCCAUCUGCGGUGCUUGUCGACGGCCCAUUGAAGGGCGUGUGGUGAAUGCCAUGGGCAAGCAAUGGCACGUGGAGCAUUUUGUUUGUGCCAAGUGUGAAAAGCCAUUUCUUGGACAUCGCCAUUAUGAAAGGAAGGGCCUGGCAUAUUGUGAAACCCACUAUAACCAGCUAUUUGGUGAUGUUUGUUUCCAUUGCAACCGUGUUAUAGAAGGGGAUGUGGUGUCUGCUCUUAAUAAGGCCUGGUGUGUGAACUGUUUUGCCUGUUCUACCUGCAACACUAAAUUAACGCUCAAGAAUAAAUUUGUGGAGUUUGACAUGAAGCCUGUCUGUAAGAAGUGCUAUGAGAAAUUUCCGUUGGAGCUGAAGAAAAGACUUAAGAAACUAGCUGAGACCUUAGGAAGGAAAUAACUUCCUUUAUUUGUUUUUUCUCUUCUAUGCAAAGAAAAGAGAUUACCGACCUUACUUGACUUGAUCCACCCUAUUUAAAGCAGUAUCUCAAAAUAGUUGAGAGUGAAGAGGGCCUAUAUGAAUGGUUUUCUUCAUCUCCUCCUUCUCAUCAAAAAAGAAAAAAAACUUGUGUAUAUCGUAUUUAAAACACAGAUGAAAUCAAGAUUUGCUUUUGUUAAUAACCCUUAUCAAUUUGUCAAAAUGUAGAUUAUACUUAACAGCAAAAAACACAUGGUUUAGAUGUUAGAUUUUAAUUAAGGUCCAAAAAAAUUAAUUUAACUUUUAAAAAUGAAAGUAGGGAGUCAGCUUUCGGAUAAGUCAGAUAAAAAAAUAGAAAUAUUAUUUUACUUUGUAUUUGAAAGAAAAAUAAUUCCAACUGCUGUUGGGGAGGAUAGAAGGAAGAAAAAUAACCAGCCAAAAAAAAACACAAAUGUUAUAGAAUCUGAGUAUGUUUAUCAAACUAGUAGCUAGUAGCUAUAAAAUGAAUUAUACACAUUACUAAGACAAGAAACAAGUGCAUUCAGAACUACUUGAUUUCAAUUUUUUUGUUAAAUGCAAUAAUUAUGCUUAGUUUUAUAUUUUGUUCUUGUGAACUUCUUCCUUACUACAAUUAACGCAGUAGUUAUAGCUAGCUAAUAGUAUGCCUUUUUAAAUUUUGUGCAAAAAAAUUUAUGCUAAGCAUUUGAAAAUUCAGUAUGCUUUACAAUAUUGGAAAAAAUGAAGUAUUUUUUAACGUAUUACAGCAAUUAUGCUUCUAAGCUUAAGGUCAAAGAUGUAGUCUUAGAGUAGGACACGGAACUAAAUUUUAUGUAGCUUGGAAUGUAUCACUUAAAACAAGUGAAUGUAUAUGUAUAGGUCUUACUGCCUUUAUAACCAUGCUAAUGUCUAUGCUUUAUACGUAAUCAAACUUGCCUUGCCUUAGAAAAACACAUACAUUAUUCAGGAAUUCUAGCUAUCUCAUGCAAUACCAAAAAUAAGUGCAUUGACUGAGAUUUGUAAACCCAAAUUCCUCUGCCACAGCUAUGGUGAUAUUUGGUUUUUUAUUUUUCUCUCCUUUUUUUGGGAAACACGUUGAAAUUAAUUUUUGUCAUCUUGUUAGAAGAAUGAUAUUGAUAGGUGUUUCAAGUUUUUCGUUUCAAAUGUUGUAAUUGGAUUUUAUUUACUAUAAGGAGGAGGUAAAAAUGACACUUUUAAAUUGGAAGGAGGAUGUUUAAAUGUCAGUUUUAGGUCAAAAGUAGUGGAUUAUUCUACUUUAUAAAAAGUGUUUCUAGAAAGUUUAUCCUGAAGUUUCUGGACCAUUCUUUCUCGAUAAACUUGUAUGCAAAGUAAAUUUUGUGAACAUUUUUAAAAAUGUUGCUGCUGCUGUGUUAUCAUUUAAAAGAACGUUCCAAGAUGGACUUUUAAGGAGGAAAUUACCUGUUUUUAAAAGAAAAUUGCCGAAAUGUUGUUUUGCCAUUAAAAAAAAAAAAAAAUCUCAGGAUGCUACCACUAGCCAUUAAAAUAUUUGUAUGCAUGUAUUUUUUAAAAGUUUGUGCAUGCACUUUACAGAGUACAUUCUAUUUCAGUUUUCAGGUAACUUAUAACCAAUUACUUUUUAGUGUUCUUUUAGAAUUCAAAGAAUUACCAGUGAUUGAAAAUAAUCAAUAUAUAGUUUUAAGACUGUAUGUGCCCAGACGUUUAAAACAGUCUUUGCAUUUGACAGUAAGAAUCAGAAUCCCUUCAGUGUGCCUUUGUCAGCUAAUACGUGAGCAGCAAGUAAAAUUGUGGAAGUAUUUAUUAAAUAUUAUACUAUGGAUAUAGGCAAAAUAGUACAGGCUUUGCAGUUUGGGAUCUUGACACUAAAUUGUCAAAUCCCCCUACACCGGAAAUAAGGGACAUAGUCUUAAUCUCUUUGGAGGUCCAUGACCUGAGCUCAGCUGCUUUGUUUACUUAUCUUCCAUAGCCAGGCCCCUCCUGCAGCCAGAUGUCCCAGUGCUGUCUUUGCUUACUUCUCUUUUAAAAUAGGAAUUAGUAUUUCCUGGAAGUUCGAUUUGGUACCCUCUGCAACUUCAGGAUAUUUUGUCUAGAUACAGUACUUCUUCCCUGACGGGGGCGUCAUUGGCGCCCUUACCUGUGGGAAAGGAGGAGGAAGUCGAAAACUCACGAGUGAGAUAGAAGACGGGCUUGGUUGAGUUCAUAAUAUUCUUUAUGGGGUUUUCUCUGGCUGUGGAAAAACUCAGGCUAGUAAGCAUUUGUCUGUUUAAAGUCCUACAAGGCAGUUUGAAAUAGUUUAUUGUUCUUACCCAAUUUCUUAGUAACUCUUUUUGUUACCAAGCCUAAUAUAAUUGGGGGAAAUGUCUGGGUGCAAGUAAAACAUUCUUUGGACCGUGUUCAAAGCCUUAUUAACAUUGUACCUAAAAUGAUAGGCCAUCUUGCCUCACUUACUUGCCAAAAUGGCCAUUUCUAAGUUAAGGAAAUUUUGAGGUAGGCUUAUAGCAUUCUUGUUGUAUUUCAUUUUAGAUCGUAAGCUCAAUGGCAGGGACACUAUGUUGUUAAUUGUGUUUUUACAUAGCAACCAUUGCAGUAUACUCUUGGUACUUAAUAAAUGUUCAUAAUUAUUACAGAUAA